GGUUCUAGCGUAAUCAGCGCGGCGAGUGUGUCUUGAGCUCCGCCGAACGUCAACACGCUCUUCGAGGAAACCGGAUGUAUAGCUGCGACUGACACAGGCUUCCGAAGACAGGGAAACGUCCCGGUGCUCGACGAUGACAUUUCGGAAUCGACGUUCGAAAAACCUUUAACCCGCCAUGCGGAUUAGUUGCUGUCGCGAGAGCUCAGCCAACGUGGACUGCUGCUGCUGCUGCUGUUGUCGUCGAGCUUCCUGACCGCAUUCGAUGCUAGUGCUAUGUGCCAACUACAGGAUCUUUGGUGGGCGAGGUCCUGAGGCCAGCAGCGAAGAGCCACGUUUUUCAGACACCCAGAGUACAACGUCCCUUUCUCCCAAGGGAGACGCCAUGGCCGUCGAUGCCAACCAGUCCGCCACUAAGCUCACCAAGCGGGAAUCCUACAAGGCACAACGGAAACACUACCGGUACGAAAAGAAGCGCGUGGCGUCGGAAUUAUGGAGCACCCUGACGGACCCUUCCAUGGUCGUCUUGGCCGACUGGCUCAAAGUACGAGGAUCCCUAAAAGGGUGGACUAAACUGUGGUGUGUGCUUAAACCGGGUCUGCUUCUGCUCUACAAGAGCCCCAAAAUCAACAAGAGCAGCCAAUGGGUAGGCACGGUGCUGCUGAAUGCCUGCGAAUUAAUUGAACGCCCAUCAAAGAAAGACGGCUUCUGCUUCAAGAUUUUCCACCCUCUUGAGCAGUCCAUAUGGGCUUCUAAGGGACCACGGAAUGAAACCAUUGGUGCUCUGGUGCAACCCUUGCCCGUGAGCCAUCUCAUUUUCCGAGCCCCGUCAGAAGCAGCUGGGAAAUGCUGGAUGGACGCUCUGGAGCUCUCCUUGCGCUGCUCAUCGCUGCUCAUGCGCUCCAUGACGGGAGGGGUUCGAGAAGGGGGCACAGCGCGCACUCCCGUGAGCACCCACGAGGAAGAAGACGACGAGACACACCCCCUGCCAUUGGGAAUAUCUGCGUCUGAGAGGCUGUCGGAAUCUGGCACCAUCCACGACGUGGAGGGAGAGCCCAGAAUGCAGUCAUCAUCCACCCAACAUAUCUGGAAUGAGAGCGACCUGGAAAAUCAUUUUCGGGACCACGAUUUGGGUGAUGACACGCACACGGAUGAUCAGAGAGAGCAUGAUAACGAUGGCGUUCAGAGUUUGAGGUCAACAGAUACAGACUCUGAAGAGGAGACCCACGGCCCAUCAAAAGAAGACAGCGAUGACGACAUACCCUUGGAAAGUCCGUAUCUAGAAAAUGACCACGAGGAGUUUGGCCAGGCUGGUGGUGCAGGUCAAACGGAAGAAGUGGCCGAGGAAAACAGGAGUCUUAUCUGGAGUCUAGUCAAACAGGUUCGUCCUGGAAUGGACCUUUCCAAAGUGGUGCUCCCCACGUUCAUUUUAGAACCAAGAUCUUUUCUGGACAAACUAGCCGACUAUUAUUACCACGCAGAUAUUUUGUCUAAGGCUGUACAGGAGGACGACCCAUUAACACGCAUGAAAAUGGUGGUGCAGUGGUACCUCUCAGGGUUCUACAAAAAACCCAAGGGCUUGAAAAAGCCAUACAACCCCAUUUUAGGUGAAAUUUUUCGCUGCUACUGGUUGCAUCCCAACACUGGAAGCAGGACGUUCUACCUUGCUGAACAGGUUUCUCAUCAUCCACCAAUCUCUGCAUUUUAUGUGACCAACAGGCCCGACGGCUUCUGCAUUAGUGGAACCAUUCUGGCAAAGUCUAAAUUUUACGGUAACUCACUGUCGGCCAUUUUGGACGGAACAGCGAGGCUGACGUUUCUGACGCGCGGAGAAACUUACGCCAUCACGAUGCCUUACGCUCACUGUAAAGGGAUUCUCAUGGGCACACUCACCAUGGAGCUUGGCGGAAAAGUGGACAUCAUCUGUGAGAAGACUGGUUAUAGGACGGAGUUGGAGUUCAAGCUAAAGCCCUUUUUAGGAGGGGCCGAGCUGUGCAAUCUGGUGGUGGGCAAAGUGAAACUGGGCAAGGAAACCUUGCUCACUUUUGAUGGACACUGGGACAGCGAGAUCUUCAUCAGAGACAAACGGACAGGGGAAGAACACCUUUUUUGGAAUCCCACACCAGAAAUACGAUCUCAAAGGCUGAAGCGGUACACAGUGCCUGUUGAACUCCAAGAAGAAUUUGAAUCUGAAAGGAUGUGGCAACAUGUUUCGGCAGCCAUCCUGAAAAGUGAUCAGGUGGCAGCGACCGAAGAAAAGACAUUGUUAGAGGAGGCACAACGGAAAGGUGCCAAAGAACGUCAAGCACGCAUGGAGAAGUGGAUGCCUCGAUUCUUUGUGCAGGACCUGCUCCUUGGGGAUUUCAUCUACAAGCACGCGGACUCCCGUCCGUGGGACCCACGGAACGACGUCGUCCAAUUUGAAAGUGGUUGCAUAAUCCAGACCAAGACUCGUCAUCGAACCCCAAUAGUGCCCUCUGGAGGCAGCCUGGUUAGUGUAGAAGGCAGCCCGCCCGAGGCCAGGCAUCCCCUUUUGCACCACGUACUAGUGGGACAGCCUCCCGCCCAUAGUCAAAGCAAAAAGAAGAAGAAGAAGAAAGCAAGUGGGACCACUGGAGUGGCAAGUGUCAUGCCUCGAACCAGUGUGGUGUCUCAUGUCAGUGGAAGCUCUUCGGCCGAUGCCGCUGUGCCGUGCGACUCUACUGAGAGUGAAGCUCCUGCUGAAGAUGCCACAGUUCCAUGCAGCACUCCAAGAGCAACAGGGUCACUCAAAGGUCACCCAAGUAGCCAAGCCAAGCAAGUAGCCGCUAUAACACAGGCACUCCAACCAUUGCAGAAGGCAAUUACCGACACGUCUGCUACCCUCCUCACAGUUCAACGUCAUUUAGAAUCUGUCAUGGCACAUCAGAGGCACAUUGAACAGCAGUUGGCACAACGUAACGACCUCACGACAGUCGCGGCUGUUGUCUUAGUGCAGCUGGUCAUCCACUGGAUUGUCUGGGUUUGGUCUUCGUGAAAGAGGCUGAAUCGCAGGGGUUGUGCAAGAAACUGUGUAGUUUUAGAGGUCGAAUGAACGCGCAUUAUUAUAUAUGGAAAGUUCAAGCAUCUGAACAUUUGAUAUGACAUCACAAGUUAUCCUGCAGGGAUUUUUUUCCGUGAGCGAAUGAAAUAUAUAUAUAUAGUACUGCAUACCUGCUUGGAUGCGGAUAUGCAGGACGGAUGUCUAGGUCUUGCAAUUCUCAGUAGAAUAAAUAGAGUUUGCACAUUGUU